AUGGCAACAGCAAAUAUAAGACCAAAAUGCUCUAUUUGUAACAAAACAAAUGCAACAUGUCUUUGCUCAGGAUGUUCAAAAGAUUUUUGUUUCCAACAUUUAACAGAACAUCGACAAAUUCUUGACAAACAAUUAGAUGAAAUUAUCAAUGAUCAUGAUCAAUUUCGACAAACAAUUACUCAACAAAAGCAAAAUCCAUUAAGUUCGCCUUUAAUUCAACAAAUUAAUCAAUGGGAAACAAAUUCAAUUGAGAAAAUUCGGCAAACCGCAUACCAAUGUCGAGAAAUAGUGACGAAAUUGACACAAAAAUCGAUCAGUUAUAUUGAGAAAAAGUUUAUUGAAUUAUCUGAGAAGUUAAGAAAAAUUCGUGAAGAAAAUGAGUUUAAUGAAAUUGAUUUAAAUCAUUUUAAACUAAAACUAACACAAAUUACAAGAGAAUUCAUUGAACCAUCAAAUAUGUGUAUUCGACUAGAUUCGCAAGAAUUUAUUAAGAAAAUUUCAGUUAUUUCAUCAUCAGACGAUUCGAAAAAUUCGAACACUGUUGAGUAUGAAAUCACUGUCGAAACAUCAAAGAAACGUGGAGCUGGAACUGAUGCCAAUGUGUUUUUAAGUAUCUUUGGUGAUAAAAGUAAAGUUGAACGACGUCAAUUAAAAGAAUCUAUAGAUCGUACUAAAAACUUAUUUGAAUCUGGUGCAACUAAUCGUUUUAAAAUUUAUGCAGCUGAUGUUGGAAAGAUUAAAACAGUUCGAAUUGAACAUGAUGGAUGCGGUAUCGGAGAUGGUUGGCAUGCUGAUUCAGUUGAAGUUCAUCAUGUUUCACGGAAUGAAGUCUACACAUUUCCAGUUGACCGUUGGUUGAAUGUUGCAAAAGGUGACGGGAAAAUUGCACUUGAUCUUGAGCCAGAUAGGAAACCAGGACAAUUGACAUGUAAGUGGUAUUUAAAAUACUACGAAGAUACAUAG